GCUAGUCAUUUUAUCAGCAAAAAUUGUAAAAUUAAAUGAUUUUCAUUAUUUAAUGUUUGUAAUUUCUAUUGAGUCGUUUGCUUUCAAUAAAUUUGCCUACUAAUAGUAUUGUUUUAAUUUGUGUAUUAUUAUUUGUACAUAAGGUACAAUGUCGACAAACGAGUCACCAAUAUCCAAGGUAGUUGUUCAUCCUUUGGUGCUAUUGAGUGUUGUCGAUCACUUCACUCGGCUUGGAAAAAUCGGCAAUCAGAAACGAGUGGUCGGUGUUCUGCUCGGUUCGUGGCAACAAAACAAAGUGCUCGACAUAUCCAACAGUUUUGCACUACCAUUUGAUGAAGACGACAAAGACAAAUCCGUAUGGUUCCUCGACCACGAUUACCUUGAAAACAUGUAUGGCAUGUUCAAAAAGGUAAAUGCCCGCGAAAAAGUUGUUGGCUGGUACCACACCGGUCCCAAACUGCACCAGAACGACAUCGCCGUCAACGAGCUCGUGCGUCAGUAUUGUGUUAACAACACAUCUGUUUUGGUGAUUGUGGACGUUAAGCCAAAAGAUGUUGGUAUACCAACUGAAGCGUACAGGGUUGUUGAACAAAUUCACGACGAUGGGUCGCCACCAUCGAAAACCCUAGAGCAUAUAUCUAGUGAAAUUGGCGCGGAAGAAGCUGAAGAGGUUGGCGUUGAACAUUUAUUGAGGGACAUCAAAGACUCUACUAGCGGUUCGCUCAGCCAACGAGUAGCCAAUAUUAUAUUCGGCGCUAGAGGUCUGUACAAACAAAUGGUCGACAUUAGGGAUUAUCUGCAGCAAGUGGUUGAUGGGAAAUUACCCUUAAAUCAUCAGAUCAUAUACCAACUGCAAGAAAUAUUUAAUUUAUUGCCUGACGUAGACAAGGACUCGUUAGUAGCGGCUAUGCACGUAAAAGUAAACGACCACAUGCUUGCUGUAUACUUGGCAACAAUGAUUAGAACUAUAAUUGCUCUACACAACCUAAUCAACAACAAAAUUGCCAAUAGUGAUGAUGAAAAAAAGCAGCUGAGAGAACCCGAGGAGAAAAAAGAAGAAGUAGCUAAGAAAAAGGAAGUAAAAUAAUAUUUAUGACUAUAUUAUUAUAAUUGUAAAUAAAUAUUGCUAAUAAUUAUACAUUUUCUUU